AUGGACAACAGUUUCAACUCUCAUCAGUAUACUGGCGUUACAGUUUGCCAUCUUUGUCGUUAUGAACAUAAUUUAUCGCCAUGUCCAUACUAUCAGCAUCCUGUGGCUAAUGGUUGCAGCAACCAAGUGGAUCCCCGCUACAACCAGUUCCAAUCCAACCCCAACGUGCCACAAGCGCUGAUGCACCAUGGUUUUUAUCCGCCUACUAGUGCCAGCCCCACGUCUCCGUCCCUUCUUGGUUCUUCCUUCCAAUCUGGCAGCUCCGCGUCGCCUCUCUCUCCCUCGGGUACAGCGCCAUUUUUAUCUCCAACUUCCCCUUCCAGUGAGGGAAGCUCCUGGAUGCCAGUGGACGAUCCGUAUAAUUCUGUCUAUCCAGCUGGUAGCUACGACUCAUCUCAGUCCCGGAACUCCAACACGGACACCACCUCUUUCCUUGUAAACCGGAUGCAAGUUGGGUCGGUGGCAAUCACCGCUGCUACCAGAAAGCGCCGAACGAAGAAAGAAUCCACGUUUUUCUGCCCUGUGCUUGGCUGCAAUUCUGAAGGCUUCACCGAGAAGCACAAUCUUGUUUAUCACAUGCGUUCUCAUGGAGAUAUACGCCCGUAUGAGUGUACGAGAUGCGGGAAAUGUUUUAGGUCGCAGUCCGACCUUACACGCCAUAUUAACAAGGCCAAAAGGCCAUGCGAGGAUCGAGUUCUAGGUGAGUUGUUUAUUUACUGA